GAGCAGCAGGGGGCGAUAAGCUGUCUGUAGUCCAGCUGUAGCUGCCGGUUGAACAGGAAGAAGACCGAGAGCGCAGACAACAGUGUGGCUCCUGCCUACCUCAGAACAGAUUCAGACAUGGACAUCCGGCCGAAUCACACCGUCUACAUCAACAACAUCAACGAUAAAGUGAAGAAAGAAGAGCUGAAGCGUUCGCUCUACGCGCUCUUCUCCCAGUUCGGCCAGAUCGUCGACAUCGUGGCCAUGAAGACGAUGAAGAUGAGGGGCCAGGCCUUCGUCGUGUUCAAGGAGCUGACGGCCGCCACCAACGCGCUGCGCCAGCUGCAGGGCUUCCCCUUCUACAACAAGCCCAUGAGGAUCCAGUACGCUAAAACCGACUCGGAGGUCAUCUCUAAGAUGAAAGGCACCUUCAGCGACAAGGAGAAAAAGAAGGAGAAGAAGAAGAAGGCCCAGGAGGCAGCGGCGGCAGCUAACGCCGCUAAGAAGCCUUUAGCGACUCUGGCUGUGCCUGGACAGACACCUGCAGUUCAGGUUCCAGACAAUCCUCCAAACCACAUCCUGUUCCUGAACAACCUGCCAGAGGAAACCAACGAGAUGAUGCUGUCCAUGCUGUUCAACCAGUUUCCGGGCUUCAAAGAGGUGCGUCUGGUUCCGGGGAAGCACGACAUCGCCUUCGUGGAGUUUGAGAGCGAGACGCAGGGGGGCGUGGCCAAAGACGCGCUGCAGGGCUUCAGGAUCACGGCCACCUGCGCCAUGAAGAUCACCUACGCCAAGAAGUAGCUGCUCCGCCGCACUCUGGACUCACUUUUACUGUUUCUUUUUGACGGAUUUUUGUAAAAUAAAGGAAUUAAACGACU